AUGUGGACGGAACAUAAAAACAAGUUUCUAAACACAUAUAAAAUGAAAGAUUCAAAGCCCAAAGCCAUGGCUGAUUUUCACUAUAUAACUCAAAAUGCCCAUGAAACAGUCAAUAGAUAUAACAUCAGAUUCAACACCUUUGUAGCUGAAGCCCAAGUAGUCAAUCCUGAUGCAGAUGGUAAUCUUAUGCAGCAGUACUUCUGCAGCAUUGACCAUUUCAUUAGCAAAACACUACUUCCUCACAUGCCAGCAGGAGCAACCCAAACCCAACAAGACCCAGACGCGAUGGACAUUGAUGCAAUUGCAGUUAGCAGAAACCAAGUACAAUGCUACAACUGCAACAAGUUUAGGCAUAUGACAAGAGAAUGCCAGGAAGAAUGA